AUGUCCUUCUCUCAGUUCGGAUACCCCUACAGCACCACUUCACAGUUUUUCGUGCCCGCCAGCCCCAGCACGACGUGUUGCGAGGCCGGCCCUCGCUCCGGGCCGGAUGCCUCCUCGGCGCCGGCCGCCGCCUCCCUGUGCUGCGCCCCGUACGAGGGCCGGCUGCUGGCGCCCGGCCGCGCCGAGCUCAAUGCGGCUCUGGGCAUGUACGGAGCCCCGUACGCCGCCGGACAGGGCUAUGGCAACUACCUGCCCUACGGCGCCGAGCCCGCCGCGCUCUACACCGCGCUGAACCCCCAGUAUGAAAUCAAGGACGGCGCCGGCACGUUGCACUCGGGAAUCGCGCAGCCCGCUGCCUACUACUCCUACGAUCAUUCCUUGGGGCAGUACCAGUACGACAGGUACGGGACGGUGGAUUUCGGUGGUUCCGCCAGACGCAAGAAUGCAACGCGAGAGACGACAAGCACCCUCAAGACCUGGCUGUAUGAGCACCGCAAAAACCCCUACCCCACCAAAGGAGAGAAAAUCAUGCUGGCCAUCAUCACCAAAAUGACCCUGACCCAAGUGUCCACUUGGUUUGCUAACGCCAGACGGAGGCUCAAGAAAGAAAACAAAAUGACCUGGUCCCCCAAGAACAAAGCGGGAGAAGAGAGAAAAGAAGAAACCCCGCGGGAAGAGGAUGAAUACAGUGUAGAGGACGAAGGCAGAGAGCAGAAGAGCUACAAGGAGGACAAGGAGCUGCGGUUCAGCGACCUGGAGGAGGAGGAAGAGGAGGAGGAGGAGGCGGGGAAGCUAGAGAAGGGCCGGGCCAGCUCCCUGCAGGAAGCCCCCAGCCUGGGCGCGGCGCUGCCCGAGGCUCCUCGAAGCGACUGUAGCCUGCCCGGCCCCUUCCACGCCUUUCCCUGCGCCAAGGCCCCCGCCGCGGACUUCACCCCUGCCUCCUUGGCCGGCCCACCGCCGCCCUACGCGCCCGCGGAAAAGCCGCGCAUCUGGUCGCUGGCGCGCACGGCCGGGGCCAGCGCGGCGCGCAGGGGCAGCCCCGAGGGCUGCGGCGCGGAGGGAAGCGGCGGCUCGGCGGCGGAGCAGCCCUUGCCCGCCAAGGCCUUCCGGAGCUCUGCGUUCAACCUGCAGCCGCUCCCGCGGAGCUGCGCGUCCCACCGCGGCCUGGGGGAGCCGUGCCAGUUCGCGGCGGCGGGCGAAGGUACCCGCGGCGGCGGGGCCGCGGGGACGGGCGGGACCGCGGGCCGGGCAGGGGCGCAGGGCACGGCGUGA